AUGCAAUCUCCUUGUCAAGAUCAUUGGGAAGCAGCCUUGCACUUAAUCAAGUAUCUGAAAGGGACACAACACAGAGGGCUGCACCUUAAUUCCAAUAACAACUUCAACCUGGAAGCUUAUUGUGAUGCAGACUGGGCUACCUGUAAGGAAACCAGAAAAUCCCUCACAGGUUACUGCAUUUUCUUAGGAGGGAGCCUGAUAUCUUGGAAAACUAAAAAGCAGACCACGGUUUCACGGUCUACGGCAGAAGCUGAGUACAGAAGCAUGGGUUCAACCACUUGCGAACUUGUGUGGAUUUACAGUUUGCUCAGAGACUUAAGAGUUGAUAUCCAAACUCCUAUUCCCUUCUACUGUGACAACCAGGCAGCCUUGUAUAUCACGGCUAAUCCGGUCUUCCAUGAAAGAACCAAACACAUUGAGAUUGACUGCCAUCUUGUAAGGGAUAAGUACAAAGAAGGCUUCAUCGCCCCUAAGCACAUUGCAUCAAAGGAACAACCUGCAGAUCUCUUCACGAAAAUUUUAAUAGGUACAAGGUUUAUGUACUUGGUGUCCAAGCUAAAUCUUGUCAACGUUUUGACAAGUUCAGCUUGA